AUGUUCCCAUACUUUUUGAUCCGACUCGUCUACAGCAGUCUUACUGAAGUUUGUGCGUCGAGACUAGAAGACGUGGCUAAAACAUUGAAAGUUUUGGAUCACGGAAUGUGGGUCAAGGCUGAAGGAUUGUGGGGUUUGGCUAAAGCACUUCGGGUUUCGGCCAAAAUAAUGUGGGCCCAGCCUAGAGGACUACGUCUUUUGGCUAAAGCUUAA